AGGGUGGGCCGGGCGCUCGGCGGGCGCGGAGCCGCGGCCGUGGCGUGGCGGCUCCGGCGGCUCCAGCUCCGGGCCCGGGAGGAGGCGUCGAGCGCGGAGAGGCAGGAACCACAGAUAUCUGAAGAUGAAACCAUGAAGAGCAAGCAGAGUGAAUAAUAAUGCUUUUCCGCAACCGUUUUCUGUUCUUGCUGGCCUUGGCAGCCUUAUUAGCCUUUUUGAGCCUCAGUCUACAAUUCUGGAGAGAGCAUCUAGAAGAGCUGGGAUGUUUGACCUGGACAAAAGGAGGCUCAGAGGGACCUUCUCUCUCUCUACAACCUAAAGGAGGUUGUAACCAGGCUGUUUGGAGCUACAAGGGAAAACAGCAAUGGAAACUGGUUUUAUUGCCUGUCUUUCUGAUUUUAGUGCAUUUGAUCCCAGUAACCCCUGUCAGGGAGGAUGGGUUGAGCCCUAAGAGCCGGAAGAGAAUAAUGCCGGAUUUGCUGACGGAGCCUCCAGCCAUCGACCCCGUCUAUGAAGCCCGGGUGUACUGCAACGUCCCCACCGCCGCUGAGCGCAGCAUGGAGGGUCAUGCCCCUCAUUAUUUUAAGCUGGUGUCAGUUCAAGUGCUGAUUCGACAUGGUGAUAGGUACCCUCUGUAUGCCAUUCCCAAGACAAAGAGACCUGACAUCGACUGCAUGUUGGUGCCCAGCAGGAAACCUUCUCAUCCUCAGCUUGAAGCCUUCGUUAAGCAUAUGUCCAAAGGGUCUGCAGCCCAAAUGGAUGGUUCUCUGAGCAGCCUGCCUCACUUCCCCAGCCAUUCAUUGUGUGAAAUGGGAGAGCUUACACAGACAGGGGUGGUACAACACUUGCGAAAUGGACAACUGCUCCGAGAGAUUUACAUCAACAAACACAAGCUGCUCCCUAGUGACUGGACAGCCAAGCAGCUCUACUUGGAGACCACAGGGAAAAGCCGAACCCUGCAGAGUGCACUGGCCCUGCUCUACACCUUUUUGCCAGAUUUUGACUGGAAGAAAAUUAACAUGAGGCACCAGUGGAGCACCAUUUUCUGCUCAGGAAGCUGUGACUGUCCCAUGAGAAACCACUACCUGGAAGAGGAGCAGCGCAGGCAGUACAGCUUACGGGUGAAAAACAACAAUUUGGAGAAUAUAUAUGUGGAUAUGGCAAAGAUUGUGGGUAUUCCCACCAGGCAGCUGAGAGCUUCGAACCCAAUAGAUUCUCUCUUGUGCUAUUUCUGUCAUAACGUCUCAUUUCCAUGUACCAAAGCUGGCUGCAUUGGUAUGGAACACUUCAAAGUAAUCAAGAGACACCAGCUGGAGGAUGAGAGAGAAAGGCAGGAGAAGAAACUUUACUUCUUGUAUGCACUAUUGGCUACUCAUCCUCUCCUCAACCAGACUGUCAAUAGGCUGCAGCGUAUUGCAGAAGGCAAGAAGGAGGAAGUGUUUGUCCUCUACUCUGCACAUGAUGUCACCUUGUCACCUGUUCUUAGUGCCUUGGGCAUUACAGAGGCCAGAUUUCCCAGAUUUGCUGCCAGAUUAGUUUUUGAGCUGUGGCAGGAUGGGAAGAGGCCCAAAGAACACUUUAUCCGCAUCCUGUACAACGGUGCUGAUGUCACAUUCCAGACCUCGUUUUGCAAGGAUCAUUAUAAACGUUCCAGCAAGCCAAUGUGCCCACUAGAAAAACUUGUCAACUUUGUCAAGAGGGAUAUGUUCUUAAUUUUUAACAGUACAAACUACUAUGAUGCAUGUCAUAGGAGAGCACUGUAGAGAAGGGAGGAGGAAAGGAGGCAGUGUUAACUUAUGUCAGUGAUCUGUUUUCUGGCAGAGGCACAGUUCAGUUUUCUUACUUCUUGUAUUUUCAUGUGUGAGUACAGAAGGGUAAUGCUUGAAACAUUAUUCAAAUAGUUUUAUUUUCAUUCAGGCUGCAGAUGGCCUUCAGUAGAAGAACAAAUGCCAAGGGUUAUGUGUAUGUGUAUGUGUACGCUCACAAAUGCUGUUAACUGUUGUGAUAAACCAUGUGGUGAAUGUAAGCUGGCCCUUGCUUGGUAGAGUGAGAGAGCAUAGACUUUGUGUUUCUCUGUUCCAGAGCAAUAAUUGGAUAGCCUAAGUUUAAAGCCAAAACUCCAUUUUUUUCUAGCAUCAUCUCACUGUCACUUUAAGCACUUAAUGUCAGGGUCAUUAUGAAUUCCAGGUGUCUGCAUUAAGGCAUUUUAAAGGAAUGUUUGAAUUUCUUUACUCAGAGGAAGCCUUCUAAUAUUAUGGUCCUUAAAGCAAAGUGCAUGUGUGUGUGUGAAUACUUCCCUGAGCAUGUACAAAUGAGCGUGUGCCUUUUGCACCUCACAGACCUAGAAACCCUUGGCUAUUGUUGCCAGUGCCAGAGAAGGGUGUACUGGAAAAGGGAUACAAAACUCUACUCUCUGAUCGCACUUUCAGCACUUUGAAUAGUUCAAACACAGUCUAGAAACAUGUAAAGGCCUUGUGACGUUAAAAUAGACAGCAAACAUUAACAGUACCACUAAACCUGAGUGGGAAAUUAGAAAUCAGUUGUAUGGUGAAAUGUUGGGCUCUUUCCCAUUGUGAACAUGUUCAAGCUGUUGUGCUAUGGUACAAAUCAGUAUUUUAGGAAUUUGCUAUGGUGACUGCUUGAGACAGCUUGACUAAAUACUGAGAAAACUUUGUAGUUGAGUUAGUAUUUUUAUGGACUAGGAAGCUCUUAUUUUGUAAGACCAGACUUGUACAUAUUGUACUGUGUAUAUUUAUAACACAGUAGAUUUUUCUUACUUGUUUAGUUUGUAAAGACUUAUGGAGGUCACUUUUUAGACAUUUUUUUUUCCUUGAUUAGGAUGUUUAGACUUAAGAAUAAACUGUCUGUUAUGGGUAAUUUGAACAAUGAGUACAUAUGAAAACUUCAGACUGCUUUCAUCUCUGUAGGAGUAGUAAAUUGAGAACCAAUUUUUAAUAGAAUUCCUAGAAAUUUUAUAAUGAUGGAGGUUUUUUAACCUCUAGAAAUAAACUAGUCUGUGAGUUGUGAUUCAAUGGUGCUAGUUUGUCAAAGAAAACAUAACUCAGCAUGAGUUCUCUGACUCUUGGCAUUCCACUCUGUUUUCAAUGCUGCAUUUGAACAUGUUUCUUAAAAUAAAAUUCUGGGGUCUCUUUGUG